CAAAAAACUAAACGUCAAAAAAUUCAACAAAACGCGCGUCGUUUAUUUCGCUACUCGUAAACAAAUCGAACGAAAAACUCGAAUUUUCCAUCGCUUUUCGUCGGAAAAACACACCAAAACAGCAACCGAUUGCUCCCGGAUCAUUGAGUUCCUGAAUCCUUUCCAAUAUGCCGUCCGAUCAGAUCCAAUACUCGGAGAAAUACUACGACGAUGUGUACGAGUAUCGACAUGUUAUCCUUCCGCCGGAUUUGGCUCGCAACGUGCCCAAAUCGCAUCUGAUGACCGAAACCGAGUGGCGAAACCUCGGGGUGCAGCAAUCCCCCGGCUGGGUGAUGUACAUGAUGCAUGCACCGGAACCUCACAUUCUGCUUUUCCGGCGACCGCGAACGGAUCUCCCCAAGAAAGCACCAGGCGGAAACUCGUCCAGCGGACAAGGACCGUCCCGUUUGGCGGCUUAAGGUUUAGCAUUAAUGAGGCCAUGUUAUUUGGAAAUAAGUUCACCCACCCCCUUUUCUUAAUCUCUUGUACAGAAAUAAUCGUAGGUUUCUUUCAAAGAAAGGAAUUCGUUUUUCAGGUCAUAAGUUUUAUUUUCAAUGGUUUUCUUUUGUAAAAAUGUGUAAAUAAAUAUCGGUUUUAUAUAAAAAAAUACUUGUAUUUGUACUUUUUUUC